AUACCUGGAAGGAAACCAUCUGACUGCUGUGCCAAAGGGGCUCUCCACCUUCAGACACCUCACGCUGAUUGACUUGAGCAACAACAGCAUAAGCGUAUUGGCCAAUUACACCUUCAGCAACAUGACUCAGUUAUCAACACUCAUCUUGAGUUACAACAGACUUCGGUGCAUUCCAGUCCACGCGUUCAAUGGGCUCAGGUCUCUUCGAGUGCUGACGCUCCAUGGAAACGAUAUUUCCAGUGUUCCCGAAGGUUCUUUCAACGACCUGGUGUCCCUGUCCCAUCUGGCUUUAGGUACCAACCCCUUGCACUGCGAUUGCAAUCUCCGCUGGCUUUCCGAGUGGGUGAAGGCGGGCUACAAGGAGCCGGGGAUAGCCCGCUGCAGCGGGCCCGACGCCAUGGUGGACAGGCUGCUGCUCACGACACCCACUCACCACUUCCAGUGCAAAGAGCCGGUAGAUAUCAGUGUUGUGUCCAAGUGUAACCCCUGCCUCUCCAGUCCGUGUAAGAACAAUGGGACAUGCAACAAUGAUCCAGUGGAGUUUUAUCAAUGCACUUGCCCUUUUGGCUUCAAGGGUCGAGACUGCAGUGUGCCCAUUAAUUCUUGCAUUCAAAACCCAUGUCAGAAUGGAGGGACCUGCCACCUCACCGAGGCAAAUAAAGAUGGAUUCAGCUGUUCUUGCAUCCUUGGGUAUGAGGGGGAGAGGUGUGAAAUAAACCCAGAUGACUGCGAAGAUAACGACUGUGAGAAUAACUCUACAUGCGUGGAUGGGAUCAACAACUACGUCUGUCUCUGCCCUCCUAAUUACACAGGUGAACUGUGUGAUGAGGUGAUUAACCACUGUGUUCCUGAUCUAAAUCCGUGCCAACACGAGUCCAAAUGUCUUCCCCUUGACAAAGGAACCAGAUGCGAGUGCUUGCCAGGUUACAGUGGAAAACACUGUGAAAUAAAUGAUGAUGACUGUGUGGGCCAUAAGUGUCGCCAUGGAGCUGUCUGCGUAGAUGCAGUCAAUGGCUACACCUGCGUCUGUCCUCAGGGCUUCAGGUACGUGAGAGUCCGCUCCUCCCCCGGACUGUCUUCUGGUAACAGACUCAACUGUUCACAAAGCGUGCGGCAGGCGCUGGGCUGUGCGGCAAGGCGGGAACUUUGCAAGCCUUUGAAGGCUGCAAGUGUUGAUGAAAAGGAGAGAACACAAGGGGUGGUCUGCCAAAG